AGAAGAAAAGUUUGGAGCUGGUCUGCCCAUUUUCUGUGCAGAAAUUCUGUAAAAGAAAAUUGAAUAGAACUUAAUUAAAUUCAUAGUGCACAUCAACAGACGACGCCAACAAACCGCAACGGUUUUCGGUGCGGUGCUCUACUAUUGUUCCUGCGGUGGUGUGGUGUCUCUAUUUCCAGGGAUUUCUCGUCCCGUCUGGGCGGCUUGCUGCACAAGCCCGCCGCUGUCCAUGAUGGCACCAGUACGCCCUGGUGGAAAAUUGUAUCUCAGCUAAUCCUUCUUCUUUCUUCUUUCUAUAUGAACGCGCGCGCACACACGAAUUGUGGUGAAACUCGCCAAUUUGUAUAAAAUAACGAAACCUCAACACGCCUUGCAUUUGCUGUUGAACACUUUAAUCGACGUUGUGUGUGUGUGUGUGUCUGUGUGAAUGUGAACUCCCCCCGUAAUCCAACAACUGCUUGAUGUGUCCUGGUUUCGUUGAAACGAAAACCAUAAAUUGUGAAUACCGAUCGUAUAUUGUAUGUGUUUGCUGUGAACGAAUACUACUGAAUACCGUUGUGUGUUCGGUACAAUCGGUUACCUAUUUGCUGCCGGAUGCUUCACAAAUAAUUCCAACAUCGGAACAAUGAUACAGACCAUACAGGAUGUCAAUGACUGUGUACCAUUGUAUCUGCCGCACAGCUUGUAUCUCAAGCCGCUGGCCAAAUUCAACAUCUCCGUCGCAUUGCCCGCCACAAUCACUGGCAAAACGAUUUCCAACUAUGACGUCAUGGAGAAGAUGCGCCAGAUGAUACUGCCCGACAAGUUCUCCCUGCUAAAAGUCUCGAAGAGCACCGUUGGUUUCAUACGGUUCGAGGGAGAGCUAGAGGACAAGGGCAAGCUGAAAUCCGUACUCUCCCGGCUCGAUGGUCGUCCACUGCGACUGACAGGGUUUGAAGAAUCGGUCAAGGUGCGAGCAUCGGAGGCGAAGGACGAGUUCCCCACACGGCACGAUUGGGAUUCGUUUUUCCGCGAUGCCCGCAAUAUGGACGAGAUGAAGGCGGGCGAACGGCCGGACACGAUCCAUUUCAGCAAUCUGCCGAUCAAGUGGUUCUGUCCGCGUCACGCGGAAAACGAUGACGGUGCAAAGCCAAGCGAGAGCAUCUUCAAACGUAUCUUCGAGAAGUUCGGUGAGGUGCGAGCGGUCGACAUUCCGAUCUGUGAUCCUUACCGGGCACAGAUGAAGGCGCACAUGUCCGGCAUGAAGAAGUUUAGCUUCGACCAGGAGAUGUACUUCGAAGGGUAUGUGCAGUUUUCCGAGUACGUUGGGUUCGUGAAGGCGAUGGACGAGUUCCGCGGCAUGAAGCUGGUACGCAAGGAGGGUGAGCGCAAUCUGGCCGUUACGAUUGCGGUGGAUUUCGAUCGGACGAAACAUCUAAGCGAUUCGACUGUGAAGAAGCGACAAAUCGUGCGCGAUCGAUUGAUUGGAGCCGAACGGGAGAAGGAAGAGCUAGAGAAGAAGCGUCUGGCAGAGGAAGAAGCACGCAAAGAAUUAGAAAGAAAACGUCAGGAAGAGUUGCGUCAGGCCGAAAUCGAAAAGCAACUGCAGCGGGAACAGCGUCGAAAGGAGAAACACUUGCAAAAGUUGCGCCAGAAAGAAUCGGACGAGAUUAACCAGAAGAUACGUUUGGAGGAAAAGAAGCUGCUGGAAGCACAACGUAAGCUGGAAAGCAUCCGUUUGCUCGAUGCACUUUUCGAUCGAAUGAAGUUAAAACAAUCGUUGGAAAAAGGAAAACAGAAAUGUCUCGUAUCGAGUGACGGCGAAGGAAGCAUCAGCUCCAUAAAGGAUCGCCAAAAGAAGGCCAAUAAGCUAAAGGCGACACAGGAGAAAGAGUUGGAAAAAAUGCGGUUGCGUCUGAAGCAGGCAAAAGACGGUAGUGUGCUAAAGAAAGUACUGAGUACCGGGUUGGGCGUAAAGGUGGAACGAUCGCGUUCGCCAAGCAUUAACACGAUCAGUUCCGAUGAUGGUAUUCUGAGUGAUACACCGCGCACGAAAAUUAAAAAGAAACAUAAAUCUUUAACAAACUCGUCCAAGAAGUCGGGUGGUUCUGGCAUGUCCUCGUCCGGAUCGGAAGAGGAGGAACUGAUGUCUGGGGACGAGAAGGUGAAACGCGAAGAGGCCCAAUCAAUGCCAUCACAGUAUCCGCCCCAAUCGAUGGCGUACGAUCAUUCGGUGGGUUACAGCCAUCCGAUGGUACCGACAGCGAGUUACCCACCGACUAGUAUGUACCCAGGCAUGGAAUGGGCUGCAAGUAUGAGCUAUCCGUACCCAUACGACCCAUUCUACGCACAGUACUACAGCUCGAUGGCCUAUCGAGGGGCGUAUCGUACGGCUACCCGUGGUCCGCGGUAUUCAAGAGGAGGUCCUGGUGGAGGAGGUGUGUCACGGGGACGGGGCAGUGGAUAUCGUGGCCGUGGUGGGUAUGAUUACUACCGCGGAGGAGGCCGCGGUGGUGAUGAUUAUGACGAUGAUCGGUCUUAUUCGCGAUCGAGAUCCCGUUCGCGCUCAAGAUCUCGGCACCGUCGACGAAGUCGCAGCCGAAGCCGACGUUCACGCUCCAGAAGUAGCCGAAGUCGCAGUCGUAGCCGUAGUCGGAGCAGACGCAGCCGAAGUCGUCGGUCACGCUCUCGGUCCAGCUCACGGUCACGUUCAAGGACUCGCUCAAGGUCCCGUACUUCCAAAUCCAACCGCCACAGUCGCAGUCGAUCGAAAUCCCGGUCCCGUUCACAAAGUCAUCGACGUAGCAAACGAAGUCAUUCACGAUCACGCACUCGUUCGGAAGAUCGUUCUAAAAAGAUUGCAGUGCAGAUGUCCAAACCGAUGUCAAAAAAUUUGGUCUCCACCAUUCGGGGCGCAACACCGCCGUCCCGGUCACGAUCACGUGGCCAUUCACGAUCCAAGUCUCGGUCUCGGUCACACUCCCGUUCCCGGUCGAACUACAAGCAUCGUUCGUCCCGGAGGCAUCGUUCAUCCCGUUCGCGUCGUGAUGGUUCCGAACGGGAACACUCUAAACCGAAGGAACCUCCGGAACCCAUGGUACCGAUGGUGGGUCCGAUUGGACCGAGAUCCCCACCGGAACCGAUUCCCCAGAUACCUCAAGCAGGGGUACCGAUCGAUCAGAAUGGCAUUAGUGGCAGUGCUAUAGAUGACGACGAGGAACCAUCGAUGGUGUCGGAAUCGUUCAAGAAGCAUCGCAUUAUCGUGCGCACCGACACACUCGGUGCGAAGACAACAAAAGAGAUCGAGGAGGAAGUGCGAGAGCGUUUGUUGCGACAGCAAAAAGAACGUGAGCUCGAAAUGCGUAAAGAGCGCGAAUUGCAGAAGCGAAAAGAGGCCGAAGAAGAAGAGGAAGAUGAUGAUGAUGAUGAUGAUGAGGAGGACGAUGACGAAGAAGAUGAAGAUGAAAAUGAGAACGGCGGUCAUCAGCAGCGGUCAGCGCAUGCUGUUAAAUCAUCCGCUAGAAGAGCACACAACCAUGGGAAACCGUUUGAAGCGCCCACGCACGGAAACGGCCAAAAGCGGAAAGAUGAGCUUCGUCGGGAACGGAUCGUGGCGGCACCGGGUCAUCACAACGAUAAACGGCUCCGCAUUCGUCGUACUGACGGACGUUUAAAUGGUGCGAGUGCUCCACGGAGAUCUACUUCUUCAUCCGACUCGGAUGACGACAAUGAGGAGGACGAGGAGGAAGAGGAUACGUCCGGUAGUAGUAGUGCUGAGGAGGUAGAUCAUAGACGCCGUCGAGCAAUAGAGCGCACGCGAAUAAAACAAUCUCCCGACAGUCCUCGGGAGCGACGACGCAGAAGGUUUGAAAAUGCACCACCCGUAGACAAAAGACAUGGCAAACAAAUAGCAUCGGAGAGCAGGCCUACGGCAAUCGAAGAGAAGCGUGCACGUGUUCCUGUUCGGCCACCAUCCGGGUCUACCGCAAGAGGUAGAUCGCGCGAGGAGCGCCAUAGUAGCGGAGGCCGCCCUAUCGAUAGGAAUAACAGUCGUCAGCGUCGAUCGCCCAGUGGUGGUAGAGGUCGGCAUGUACAAACGCGCCAGCGCAGCCGAAGCCGGGAACAUCACCGCAAAUCCUCACAUUCACGACCGGAGGAGCAGAAUAAUGUGGGAAGCAGUGGCGAUGAAGCGAACACGCGACGCAGAGGGACUGGUGUGUCGGUCGGUACUAGGCACCACGGUGGGUACCGUGGGAAUCGCCGAUCGUAAAAAGCAAGUGUCCUGUUGAGAUUAGGCCUGACCAACGGACAUGGUGUAGUGCAGUAAAGUGUAGUAGUAUAAACACAAGAGUAAAAUAGGAGAAAUAUCUCAUCAUUUCCUCAUCAACAUUCAGGUGGAAGAAUUGGCUCUAUAUUUUACUUUAAAACAUCAACAACAGAGUAAAGUGAAACUGAAAAGUGUACCGCGAUAUGCAAGGCUUGACUAGAUAGUCAGUGUACCGCUAGGAAUAUUUGUCGGAAGCUGUAGAAAAUGAUUGAACCUACUCAAAGUUGUAGCAGAAUUUCGAUAACGUUUUAAACCGUGUACUGUAAGCUCGAGACUUUCGCUAAAAGAGUGUGUGUAAAAGUGUAUAACAUAAAAAAUGUGUAUAAGUAAUAAAUCUUUUUUUUCACAAUCAGUCA